CUUAUUAAAUCCACCUUGGUAACGAUUGUAUUUUCAACAUCAAUUUUUUUUAACGAAUCUCAUGUUACUUUCUGUUCACUCUGGUAGCUCUUCGAUGUGGCAAUGUAUUUUUUUUUUACAAAGAGAAUUAUGACAUUCGAUUUUAUGUUAUGUUUAUCAGCCCAUUGAGUUCGUGUAUUAGCAAAAAAAUUUUUUAACGCUUGUCUGUACUUCGUAACUAUUACUAAAAUAUUAAAAAAUGUAUUUCAAAACAAUUUAUGUCACAGUGGGGACUACCAAAUUUGAUGAGCUUAUUAACGAAGUCGUGUCUGCUCGAUGUUUGCACGCUUUACAGCGGCGGGGUUGUCAAAAGUUGGUCAUCCAGCACGGUUAUGGGAGACCUGUACAAAAUGUAAAUCACAUUCGCCAAGUAUAUGGUAUCACACUUGAACAAUACGACUUCAAGCUUGAAACACCAAGAACUGAUAUACUGGAUGCUGAUCUGAUAAUAGGUCAUGCGGGCGCCGGCACUUGUAUGGACAUAUUGAAUCACAGUCGACCCGGUAUCAUAGUGGUUAAUGACAGAUUAAUGGAUAAUCAUCAGAAAGAAUUGGCACAGGAACUGAGUAAAGAAGGAUACGUAUUUUAUUCUAAUGUAGAAGGACUGGCCAAAAUAGUAGAGCAAGCGGAUGUAACUAAGUUGCAGGCAUAUGAAAAACGUAAUAAUAUACCACAUUUUGUGAAUUACUUGAACGAGAUGAUGAUUGCUUCAUAUUUUUAA